AUGAGCCACAUUCCACUGUUACAGAGUCUGCUGACGGUGGCUGGCCUCAGUUUCAUGUGUGGUGCGGUCCACUUCUCUGUGCCAGAGGAGCAGGGGGCCGGGGUUCUGGUCGGAAUGCUCAGGGCUCACUUCCCACCUCCAUAUCAGCUCCUGACGCUGGACUAUCUGUGGUUGGACAGCAACACAGGCGGUCUGUACACCAGCGACAGAAGGAUGGACCGAGAGGAGUUGUGCCCUGAGGAGACUAGAGCUGAUGGAUGUAUUGUUCGACACACUGCAAUAGUGGGGGACGCGGCAGAUCUGGUGCAGUUUUCUGUCAUUAUUGAGGACAUCAAUGACAAUGCGCCUCUUUUUGAAAACACAGAAAUACACCUGAGCUUGUCCGAGGAUGUAACUGUUGGGGCAGGAUUCCUAUUGGAUCACCAGGCCCAGGACAGAGAUAUUGGCAGUAAUGGAUACAUUAACUACUUUAUAGAGGGGUCUGAUGGGGUCUUUGAUGUAGAAACUGAAGAUGGAAUAAGUGUAAAGCUGAUUGUAAAGAUGCCUCUGGACAGAGAGGUCCAGAGUGAGUACAACACCUCACUGGUGGCCCAAGACGGAGGCUCUCCACCUUUAAAGUCAGCUGUAGUAUUAAGAAUAACUGUGACAGAUGUCAAUGACAACUGUCCCCACUUCAGCCCGGACAGUCAUCAGAAUGUCACCAUUUCUGGAGACUCCCCGAAAAACACUGUGGUGGCCCAGGUCAAAGCCACUGAUGCAGAUUUUGGUGCAAAUUCUGAAAUCACAUAUAACUUUAGUCCCAAAGUGUCCGAGCGAGGCAAAGUGCUCUUCAGCCUGGACAGCCGGACUGGAUCUGUCAUUUUGACACAGGAUCUUCAGUCUGACAUCUCUGAGGAGUUUGUAUUAAAAGUGUUGGCCAGCGGCCCCCACUGCUCCCCGGCUGACACUCAGGUAACAGUAUCUGUGCUCCCCAGGGCCAAAGUUGAGCCUACAAUAAAGAUUGGAUACAUAGCAAAACAUGAGAACCAGACCCUUGUGGUGGCAGAGAAUGAGCCCCCUGCUCUUUUAGCAGUGUUAGAGCUGGAGGCUGACAGUGGCUUAAAAGACUCAUAUCUGAACAUUGAGGGUGAUGUGCCUUUCACACUGAGCCAUCAGAGGGGCAGAUACCUGCUUUCAAAUUCAAGGUAUUUAGACUAUGAGGAUCAAAGAGAACAUUACAUUUCUGUGGCUGUGCAGAGAACUGAUCAGGGAUCUGUGAUCACAGUGUCGCGUCGUGUCAUCAAGGCUGUAGUUACAGAUGUCAACGACAACCCUCCCCUCUUCCCAGUUACUGUUUAUGAGCUGGAUGUGGAGGAAAACAACCAGCCGGGUUCACUGCUACAGGUCACUGCCUCUGAUGCGGACAGUGGGGACAACAGCAGAGUGACCUACAGAUUGGGAGAGCACACAGACAGGAUUUUUAACAUUGACCGCAAUACGGGUCAACUGUUUGUGUCAGAAUCACUGGACAGAGAGCUGCAGAAAAUCCACACCAUUAGAGUCACUGCACAGGACAGUGGUUCCCCGCCUCUGGAGACCACAGCCACGUUGCGCAUUAGAGUAGUAGACAAAAAUGAUAAUGCACCCGUUUUUGUAAUGCCCCACUUUAUCUUUUUUGUUCCCGAAAAUGCCCCUGAGCUGUCUCCUGUGGGAACCAUAGGGGUGAUGGAUGCGGACGAAGGCGCAAAUGGAAACAUUGUGAUGUAUGUCGCAAACACCAGUGCGCCGUUCGUAAUACCAAACUCUAAAAAUACUUUGCACACGACAAGCAGCUUGGAUCGAGAAAUGCAGGACAAAUUUGAAUUGUGGGUGAUUGCCUCAGACUACGGUUCCCCACUCCCCUUGACCGCCAGUGUGAGGAUCACCAUUUACAUUGAGGACAUUAACGACAACCAACCAAAAGUCAUCCUUCCCAUAAAUAAUCUAACAUGUUUAACCGUCCCAGCGGAUACAACAGCUGGCACUACCAUCACUCGGGUCUAUGCCAUUGAUCAAGACACUGGGUUGAACUCUGACUUGACGUACAAGGCUGUAAACCAAAACAGGAUAUUCAAUGUGGACCAUACCACAGGAAACAUCACAUUGACACAGCGCCCCUUGGGUUCGGACAUAGGCAUGCACAACCUUCUCGUCUUAGUGAGCGAUAGAGGAAAACCGUCUCCGCUCCACACAGCCGUUUGGGUGUCUCUGUUAGUCAACGACAGCCUGGAGGCCUGCCACUUGGACUGCGAACCCCAAGUACCUCCAUGGCCUUCACCCACCACUUCAGAAAGAAUCGAGUGUCCCACCAACUCACUGUCAAUGAACUUUCCAAAUCAAACCCAGAUAAUCCUAUUUGUCGGCUUGGGUAUGAUGGUUGUGUCUCUAUGCCUGUUUGUGGGGACUUUUGUUGCCUAUAGACGCAGAAAUGUGACAGCAAAGAAAACAAACGUGAGCAAAAAUGAGAAUGAAGUUCCACUGCAGCUUCUGGAUAAAUACUACUGCGACGAAUGA